AAAUCAGCGAAUAAUUAAGAAAAUAAGGCGCCAUCUUUUGAAACAAUUUGUAUAUAGUUCGAGCAUAAAUCAAAACAAUUUAAUCUGCAAUCAGCUUAGUAGCAUCCAAAUCAAUUCCUUUAUCAGAGUUAUUGAUAACUUUUAAUCUCAUCAUAAUAAUUAGAAAAAGCUCCUUGGGAAUUGGAAUCAGCAACCGUGUUUUCGAUUUAAUUGUUAAUCGAUUUCAAUUCUCAGGUAAUCAAAACUGUUGUGAGAAAUUAAUUCAAUUGUUGACCCUCAUUGAUUCUGAUCAAAUUACCUUAAUUUUCAAAUUUACAAUUUAAAAGAAAUCCGAUUAUCUUAAAUGUAAAUAAUUCGUAAUUGUUGAUUGAAUGUUUAUCUAGAAAGAUAAAUCUUUAUUAGUGGUCAUCAAAUUAUCUAAUUUAAUUAACUUAGAAUUUGAUCUAAUUGAUUUAUUGUAAAUUAAAUUGACGAAAAUUGAUUGCAUUUAGUAAAUUAAAUGUUCUACGAUUAGAAAUUAAUUGCUGAGUCAAUCAAUGAUUAAGCGAUUUAGUUUAUUUUUCCUGCGAUGAUUAUGAGAUGCAAAAAAAAUCUCUCCUUGUUGAUCAACAAUUAAGGUGAACAAUUUAUUUCCGUAAUCAUUGGUGAGUUGACUUUCUUCAGUCCUCUUUGUGUCUUUUAAUUGUUCGGGUUACCUAAUGAUUACUAUUUACGUUUAAUUGUGUUCACCUUAAUUCAAUUGUCCGUUUGUCCUUCAUAAUUAGUUAAUCAUAUGUUUCUUUAUAUAAACUAAAUCCAGUUGAAUAUUGUGAUGAUUGAGUUUACUGGUCUGUUUUGAUUUUACUUUUUAAUUGUUCAAGAGUAUUGGCCACUAAUUGGAUAGUUUAUUAAUCACUAUCAACAUUGCACAAUCAACUAAUUACCACGAGAAGUCAAGUUACAGAGAUCAACCAGAAAUGGGCUACUCUGUACAAUACUUUUCGUGUGUCAAACUUUGUCUGAUUUUUUUCAAUUUCAUCCUUUGGUGUUCGGGGAUGACAUUGAUUGGAAUUGGACUUUGGUUCAGAAUCGAUCCUAAAAUGUACGAACCAACUUUGUACAUCGACACCGAAAACUUUAUCAACGUUGGUUGGAUUAUGAUGUUCAGUGGAUUAGCAAUCGUUAUAUUGUCAAUCGUUGGUUGUAUUGGGACAUUAACUAAUUCAACAUGCAAAUUAGGAUCAUAUAUCUUUAUAAUGGCUCUUUUGAUUGGACUUGCAAUUGCUUCUGUGGUUUUGGCCUUGACUCAUGGUUUCGGUGAAAGAUUGGAAUACUAUGUUACUCAACAAGUUUUAAUUCAAAUCCAGCAAAGGCCAUUUAGUGAGAGAUCAAGAGAGCUGCUUGAUUUCAUUCAAGUUAAGUUGAAAUGUUGUGGAGCUGAAAAUUUCAAUGAUUAUCAUCGGUAUGGUUUGGAAGUUCCUGUUUCAUGUUAUCGGGAACAAGCAAAUUUCAUCAACCAAGAGGUAAUCAAGUUAAUUAUUUGUAAUUGGGAAUUUCAACUGAAUCAAGUAAAUUUACACUUUUCUCCAUUUUGUUUUGCAAUUAAGGGAUGUGGUCGAGUCCUUGGUCGUUUCUAUGAUUUAAGAGGAGGAAUCGCUCUUGGUUUAAAUGCUUUCACGUUGAUCAUUGAAUUCAUUUGCUUGGUAUUUGCAGUAUCACUUUUCUGUGUAAUCAGAUACACAGAGAUUGAUGAUUAAAGAUUGGAACAAUUAA